AUGAAUUUGCCUGCUCCUUUUGGACAAACAACACCAACACCUCCAGUUGCUGAAGAAGCAAAAGAAAGCAGCAGUGAAUCAGAAAUAGAAAGUGAUAGUGGUUUUGGAGUCAUAGAGCCACCACCAAAACCAGUAGAAACUGAAAACACAGAGGAAGAAGCAGAUUGUAGUGAAUUCAUCUCUGAAAAAGAAUUAAAACAUGGAUGCAUACCAGAACAUAAACGAAAAGAUAUCAAUGUGUUUAAAAAAUAUAACAAAGGUGAUCCUAGCAGUCGACUUUACAUUAAAAAUUUAGCAAAGCAGGCGACAGAAAAAGAUUUAAAAUAUAUUUAUGGAAGAUACAUUGACUGGCCCAAUGGCACUGAAGCUAAUGCUUUUGAUAUUCGAGUUAUGAAGGAAGGUAGAAUGAAAGGACAAGCUUUUGUGACAUUACCAUCAGAGACUGCAGCUAUCAAAGCUUUGAAUGAUACUCAUGCCUUUGUGUUACAUGAUAAACCUAUGGUGGUACAAUUUGCUAGAUCAGCUAAAGCUACAGCUGAUCCCAAUACUGAAGAUAAAUGA